ACAGAAAACAUGGUCUCUCUCUCCUCACCUCUGCGUCUGAAACAAAGGCUAAACAUUGUGACGCGUCCACGUCAGCUUGCAGAGAUGCGCAUGUUUUUAUGAACGAGGAGAGCAGCAUGAGAGGCGCAAAUCAUCACCGGGCUGCUGUCCGACGAUGAUUUAAACAUGUGACCGCUGUGUGGUCGCUCAGUUGCUGCUUCACCUGCUGGAUUAUACACAGCGGAGGUCUCUGCUCCAUCACUCCGAUACGGUGAACUGCUGGGAGAGGAAGAUGGACACCACGGACCAAGGCGCUCAGAUAGAGCCGCUGCUGCCAAAGAUCAAUUCCUCCUUUGGCUCAUCAGUUGGGCGUAGAAGUUUGAGGAAUGAUGACGAGGCUGUGGUGGACAGAGGAGGAACACGGUCUCAACAGGGAACUAACUUUGGGCAGGAAGAUCUUGAAGGCCACAGGACUCUCUACAUCGGGGUCCACGUCCCCUUGGGCGGUACUAGGCACCGCAGCCAUCGCAGGCACCAUCACCAUGGAAACAAACACAGGAAGAGGAGCAGGGACCGGGCCCUCACCUUGGUGGAGGGUAGAGAGUCUCCUGUUUAUGACACUCCCUCCCAGAGAGUGCAGUUUCUGCUGGGCACUGAGGAUGAUGAUGAGGAGCACAUUCCUCAUGACCUCUUCACAGAGAUGGAUGAAAUCUGUGUUAGGAACGGAGAGGAUUCUGAGUGGAGAGAAAGUGCUAGGUGGCUGAAGUUUGAGGAGGAUGUUGAGGACGGAGGAGAGCGAUGGAGUAAACCCUACGUAGCCACUCUGUCUCUACACAGCCUGUUUGAGCUGCGAAGCUGCAUUAUGAAUAGCACUGUGCUGCUUGAUAUGAGGGCUAAUACCGUUGAAGAGAUUGCAGACAUGGUCUUGGACCACCAGGAGUUAUACUCACCACUGGGAGAGGAGCUCAGAAAGAAAGUGCGUGAAACACUGCUGAAGCAGCACCAUCACCAGAACCAGAAGAAGCUGGCUAAUCGCCUGCCGAUAGUACGCUCAAUUGCUGACAUGGGUCGACGGACAUCGGAGCUCCACCUGGACAAGAAUGGUCAGAUGAUGUCCUCCCAGUCUCAGUUAGCGGGUCCAGAUGGGAAAGGGGACGUCAGUAGAGAGAACAGUUCUGUGGACUUCAGCAAGAUAGACCUUCACUUCAUGAAGAAGAUCCCGACAGGGGCCGAGGCGUGUAACGUGUUAGUGGGAGAGCUGGAAUUUCUGAACAAGCCAUUGGUGGCGUUUGUUCGCCUUUCACCGGCGGUCCUGCUCAGUGGGCUGACUGAAGUCCCCAUUGCCACAAGGUUUCUGUUUAUUCUUUUAGGGCCCUUGGGUAGAGGGCCUCAGUAUCACGAGAUUGGAAGGUCCAUUGCAACACUUAUGACAGAUGAGGUUUUCCAUGAUGUUGCCUAUAAAGCUAAAGACCGCAAUGAUCUGAUCGCUGGGAUUGACGAAUUCCUCGAUCAAGUGACAGUCCUGCCUCCAGGAGAGUGGGACCCAUCCAUACGGAUAGAGCCACCAAAAAAUGUACCUUCUCAGGAGAAGAGGAAGAAAAGUAACAUUUUACCAAAUGGAUUAGUAGAGGGUGAUGAGGAAGAGGAGGAAGGUGGCCACGGGGGUCCAGAACUGCAGCGUACUGGAAGGUGGUUUGGUGGUCUCUUUCUGGACAUCAAGCGCAAGGCACCCCACUACCUGUCAGACUACACUGAUGCUUUUAGUUUACAGUGUGUGGCCUCUUUCCUAUUCCUUUACUGUGCCUGCAUGUCCCCUGUCAUCACCUUCGGAGGACUACUGGGAGAGGCAACAGAAGGACGCAUAAGUGCAAUUGAGUCGCUGUUCGGAGCCUCACUGACUGGAAUAGCCUAUUCCCUGUUUGCCGGGCAGCCCCUUACCAUUCUGGGCAGCACAGGGCCAGUGCUUGUAUUUGAAAAGAUAUUGUUCAAAUUUUGCAAGGAGUAUGGCUUGUCCUAUCUGUCACUGAGAACCUGUAUUGGUCUGUGGACAGCUUUCCUCUGUAUCGUGCUGGUGGCUACAGAUGCCAGUUCCCUCGUUUGUUACAUCACACGUUUUACAGAGGAAGCCUUCGCCUCACUCAUCUGCAUAAUCUUCAUCUAUGAGGCCUUGGAGAAACUUGUCCACCUGGGAGACCACUAUCCCUUUAAUAAGAACAACAACCUGGACAAACUCACCAUGUACUCAUGUUCAUGUGUUGAGCCUUCUGACCCCACCAAUGGCACCCUGAAGUAUUGGGAGAUCAACAAUAUCACUGUCUCAGAAAUCUACUGGGAAGCACUGGAGGCCAAGGACUGUAUUGAAAAGCGCGGGGAGUUUGUGGGCAGCGCCUGCGGCCCUCAUGGACCAUACGUUCCCGAUGUCCUCUUCUGGUGUGUGAUUCUUUUCUUUGCCACCGUCUUCAUGUCCGCCUUCCUCAAGGAGUUCAAGUUCAGCAAUUACUUUCCCACAAAGGUGAGGUGCAUCAUCAGUGACUUUGCUGUUUUCUUCACCAUCCUUACCAUGGUCUUAGUUGACUAUGCCUUGGGGAUCCCCUCUCCAAAACUAAAGGUUCCCAGUGUGUUUAAGCCAACCAGAGAUGACCGAGGUUGGUUCAUCAACCCACUGGGGCCCAACCCCUGGUGGACCGCAGUCAUUACGGUGGUCCCAGCUUUGCUUUGUACCAUCCUCAUCUUCAUGGACCAGCAGAUCACAGCUGUCAUUAUCAACAGGAAGGAACACAAACUCAAGAAAGGCUGUGGGUACCACCUGGAUCUGUUCAUGGUGGGGGUGAUGCUUGGUGUGUGCUCUUUGAUGGGCUUGCCCUGGUUCGUAGCAGCCACCGUCCUCUCCAUCAGCCACGUCAACAGCCUGAAGCUUGAGUCAGAGUGCUCAGCUCCUGGGGAGCAGCCCAAGUUCCUCGGCAUUAGAGAGCAACGCUUCACCGGCCUCAUGAUCUUCACCCUCAUGGGCUGCUCUGUCUUCAUGACAUCUGUGCUGAAGUUCAUUCCUAUGCCUGUGUUGUAUGGAGUAUUCCUUUACAUGGGAGCGUCUUCUCUCAGAGGCAUUCAGUUCUUCGACCGUCUGACACUGUUCGGUAUGCCACCUAAGCACCAGCCAGACUUCAUCUAUCUACGACAUGUACCCUUGAGGAAGGUGCACCUCUUCACAACCAUCCAGCUCACCUGUUUGGUUCUGCUCUGGGUCAUCAAGACCUCCAAGGCUGCCAUCGUCUUUCCCAUGAUGGUGUUGGCUCUGGUGUUUAUCAGGAAGCUAAUGGACUGUUUCUUUACCAAGAGAGAGUUGAGCUGGCUGGACGACCUCAUGCCAGAGAGCAGGAAGAAAAAGCUUGAGGAUGCUAAAGAGGAGGAGGAGCAGAGUAUACUGGCAGAAGAUGAGGGAGUAGUGCAAGUGCCAUUAGAAGGGUACAAGAGAAUACCCAUCAUCAAUAUCACAGAUGAAAUGUCAAAAGGUUCUUUUGGAAAUACUUGGAAUGCCAACAGCUAAGACCUUUGAGAAAGAAUCAAGACCUCAAAACAUCAUGUUCACUACAACAUUCGCAGUAUUUCACAACACUGGUGUGCAUGAUGAGAAAUGUAAGAAGAAGAAGAUAUAGGACAGCCUUGUGAGUCUUUGUCACUGUCCCUUCUGUGUGUUCGUAAAUAAAUCUGUAUCGUAUGCUGCAGUUUAUCAAUCCUUCAAGUUUAGUCCUGUAAAUCUGUGCGUAAAUGAAUCACUGUGUUAGCUGAUGUAUCACAAAUAUUCUGCCUCUUCAUGAACCAGUGAAACUUACAAUUUUCUUGUGUUGUUAAUGUCAUAUUGUACUUUCUAAAUCUAGAUACUGUAUUGCUUACGCUGAAUGUAAACUACGAAAAUGUAAAAAGUUGAUUCUUGGUUUUCAAGUUUUUGUUUUUGGAACAAUUUGUAUUUAUUUUGUUAUUUUACUAAUAAUAAUGUAUUUUGAAAUACCAUAAUAUUAGCAUAUCCUUGGAUUCUUUAUCUAUUUAUUUACUGAUUCCCUAUAAUUCUCUAUUCUUUAAGUUCUCUAUAGACAUUGAAUAUGAUGUGAAAUUAAAUAUGAAGUAAAUAUUUUUAAAAACCUAAGGUCAAAAACUUUCUGAAAAGCCAUACAUAAAUGUGUACAAAUUCUUAGAACAUGAAAAGCCUGCAAAAUAUACAUUUCUGAUGUCUGUUUAUGUGAUGGGACCAUUUUGAAUCCCAUGUAAUGAUUGCGACUGACGGGAAUGAGUGCUUUAAAAAGUGAUUGAUAAAGGGCAAUAAACGUAUAUCGUAUACGUACUUCUCUUAAGAACCAAAUGCAAUAGCACUUUCUGCCAGAAUGUCAAAACUCUGUUUAUAUGAGAAAUGAUUUAUCUAUAUUUAUUUUGUGGAAUAAAAUUUAAUGUUUGCUACAGAAUAGCCUAACAGAGACUUGCUGUAUUUUGCCUCUUGGUGUCAGUGUUUUGCUUUUGCUUAUAUUGUAAAUGUAAAUUUGAAUAAUCUCAUAAUUAGUUUUAAUGUUUGUAUAAAGUUUAGUGAAUCAUAAAUUAAAAAGCUUCGUCAGUAAGGCAUUUAACCCUUAAAACGUUCCGAUUAUGUUACAUCUCUGAGGAUUACAAUGAAGCUGAAGCUUUAAAAAUACUUAAGAAACACAAUUAUUAGUAUUAUGUUUAUCUUGUCAAUGUUAAUUUAACUUAAUAAAUUUCUAUGUUAAUUGAA